UUUGUAUAUAUACAUUAUACAAGUAUUGUUCUCCCUCAUCACAAAAAAAUACACAAAAUUAAUUUUCUUUUUCUCCAAGGAAAUCAAAACAAAUUAGUAACAAUAGUUAGCCACCCCCCAAAAAGGAAAAGAAACCCUACCCCAUCAAACCCCAUCACCUCUUUGUCCUUAGCCCCCCUCCUAUCCCAUUCCUUCAAUCUUGCUCUUCUUUCUCUCUCUCUUUCAUUUUCUCUCUCCUCAAAGCUCAAAAGUUAACCCACAAAAACCCACCAUCAAUUUACCACCAUUAAUACUAACCAUGAAGCUCAACAAAAGCAAAAACAAAGGCAAAGUUCACCCUUCUCCUUCUUCUUCUGCAACUAUCAAUGUCGAUGACCCAAUUUCUUCACUGAGUCAUCUCCUUCCAACUGCGAUUCUUACUCUAAUCUCCAUUCUCUCUCUUCAAGACCGCGAAGCUCUCGCUUAUAUGAUUACUCAUUCCCUCAAAUCUUCUACUCUUAACUACUGUUCUUCCUCAAAUUUUGACCAAAAAAGCAAGAAAAAAUCCAACAAAAAAUCAUUUUCUACAAUAAUACCCACAACUACAAAUCAUUCAUCUCCUUGCUUUGAUUGUUGUUGUUUUGAUUGUUUCUCCCAUUUUUGGAAUCGCUGGGAUUCUUCCCCUCAUAGUGAGCUUAUUCAUCAAGCCAUUGAAGCCUUCGAAGAGCACCUUUCCUCAACAGAGAAGACGAAAACGACGUCGUCAAAGAAGAAGAAAGACAACAACAAAAAUGGAAGAAGUAGCAGUAGAAAGAAAGAGAAAACGGUGAGUGCUGACGUGGAGAAGAGAGACUCUUGUGGGUCAUCUACUUAUCUAACGCCGGAGAUUCUUCCUCCAGUAGUUGUUGUCGAUGAUGAAGAAAGUAGUAAAAAUGAAGUGAAAGAAGAAGUUCGGUCGCCGGAGAUUCUGGUGUGUGCUGACGUGGAGGAGAGAGAAAAUGAGGAACAUCCAGUUCCGGGUGAAAUAAGUGGGGCCCAGAAAGAGUUGCAGCAACAAGAGCAGCAGCAGCACAAAGGGUUGGCGAGGAAGGUACUUCCGGACGUCAUUGGGUUAUUUCAUUCUCGUUUUUGGAAGAAUCUUUGGGGUCCGAAUGUGUGAUAAAAGAAAAAGGAAAAAGAUAAAUAGAAGUAUUAAAAAAAUUUAAAAAUGAAAAAGCUUAGUCAAAAUUAUUCCUUCAACCUCUUUAUUUUUUUUUGUUUGAUUUAAUUUUCUUAAUCUUUAAGAGAAGGGUUAUUAGGGAAGUGAUUAAUGUGUUGUUAUUUGGGUGAUAUAUGAUAUAGUAGCUGUUAAUGUCAAUUAAAUGUUGGUAGUUAAAAUAGUCGGAUGUAUACUUUAUAUGCAUUUGAAUAGUACUAGUAAAAUUAGUCAUUUUUGUUGGUAAGGAUUUCUAAAUUUCUUGUGAAUUAUUCAAUUAUAUGAACUUUUGAGGAGUUGGAGUUGAGUCAUUGAGAUUGAGUUGAUGAUUAGGUAAGAAUUGAGAUGAAAUUAACCAAUUUUCAAUUUGAUGUUUUGCUACUAAAUGAGAUGUCUUUCUUACCUUUUUUGAAAACUUUGGGACAAAAUUUAUGCAAGGCAUUUUGAAUUUGCACUAGAUUCUGGCUAGUUUAGAGUGUUAAGUCUUGAGAUAGUAAAGCCGUAAUUAAAUUUCUUAUUCAUCACUAUUUACCAUUACUUACCAUGUUUUAAAGUCUUCAAGUAGGGUGAAAUUGAGUUUUGUCUACAUCAUUACUUGUCUAUUAUUACUCUCAGGAUUACUGGUCAUUUCCCAAAAAAAAGAUGAAUGUGAAUUUUUUUUAUUUGUUCAUCUUCCUUUAUUUUAGUGGAACAUUUGGAUGUAAUGAGAAGAAAAUACAAUAAAAAUUCAUUUUCAUCGUCAAGUUAAA